AUGUCCACUGCAAUUCGGGCCGGCCUGUGGGCUGCCAAGACAUUAAUAUCUGACCAUCCGAGGUGGACGUCAUCGGCCUCGACCUCCGUGUGGUGGGACGACGUGAUGUGCGCACGUAUGCGUUGGUAUCACGGGAAAGCAAGCAGCGUGAAAGCCAGUAGCCAGCAUUGCUCCGAAAGUGGACCUUCACCACGGGCGUCCUGUUGCCUUGAUCUCCUCGUCACGGUCUACACUCGCUACUCACCCAAAUGCUCUUUGAUCUCCGCCAGAACGAGCUCAGGACGGUCAAGGGCCAGCAGUGGAGCAUUUGGUAUCCUCGCAGCUAGGGGCUCGGAAUUCUUUGGUCGACAUGUCACUACCCAGAGCACAGAUCGGCGGGCUUGUAUGCUGGGAUGGGUGGAAAAGGCGGAAUGUCGGCUUGGAGGUGGUUGCUUAUCUUCGACUUCAUUAUUGCGAUACCGGGUUUUCUAUCUCAACGCUUGGGAAUGCGAACGCGCUCGGGCGAGAAUUGAGGAGGAAUGGCGGAAGACGGUUGGGAAAUGGGACUGGUAUGUCUUCUACCGUAUCUUUGGACCCUGGCAGGUCUACGCUUUCACUGUUGGAUACACGAUUUGGACUUUGACCUCCAUGGAGCAGAUCAAUAGCAUUCCAACUGCCAUCAGUGCUGUCAACUGGUUCGUUAUGGUAUCGACAGGAUUCAUCAUCGACAUAAUUGGACGCCGCGGACCUCUGUGCUUUGCAGUAGGGUGCGUAUUGGUAUUCACGUACGCUGUCUUGACAGUGUGGGACGUGGGCCAUCCGUUUUGUAUGGCUGUGUUCAUUCUCCGUGGUGUAUACGAAUGCUACACGCCUAUUCUGGCAGGCUCGGUCAACGAGGCUUGUGGAGGAGACCAGCAAAAGCGAGCUUUCGUGCUUGCAUUCAUGGUUUCUGUUGGCCAAGCUGUCGGAAUAGCAUUUCAGCAGCUACAGCUACAGUUCCCAAGCUCUGACGCGCCUUGCUUCUCGAAUACUCAUGUUUGGGGCUUUUCGUUGGCCUUUGUCACACCUUUGACGCUAUGGACUGGAGUUGAAACGACACCAACUCUGUCGUGCAAGAUUUUGCUGAAGCAUGAACAGGCCAUGUGUUUGAGGACAUUGGAAUGCGCAAAUACUCUGACGCUUAAACACACUUUUUGUGCUUUGAUAUUUGGUUCCUGGAAAAUGCUUCGAAUGUCUCUUAGAUUGCUAGAUCGAUUCGUGGGUAAAUGUAUGCUCAAAUGGCCGCCAACUCAUGCCCAAUCGCUGUAGAACAACUCCAGACUCCAUGCUAAUAUUCAAACUACCACUCGCCCCACCCAUCUUCGUCCUUCUUCUUCGCCCCGGCGGCGCCACCAGCGCCUCCAGAAGUUUUCAUGGCAUUCGUUCCCAAAGUCGAUGGCUUUGCUUUCUGCUGUUGAGCGGAUUCACCAGCAGCAGAAAAGUCGUCCCAGAAGUCCUUUUUGUCUUUGGGAGGUCCUGCCGGUGCCUGACCGAAACUGUCCCAGAAGUCCUGCUUUGCUGGGGCUGCUUUGCCAGGCUGAUGUUCUGGGUCCACAAAUUUGUUGAACUGCUCGCCGAGCCCUCGCGUGCCUUGCUGCACAGUGUUUCCCAAAUUCAUACCCGCCGUUCGUACUUGCGCGCCCCAAUCACUCUCUGCGAAAUUUUUCAUGCCUGGUUGGAGGUACGUUUUGUUCACUGUGGCCGCCUGUUUUGACACCGUGCUCGAUAGCCAGCCAAAUCCUUUCGUAAGUGCUGCCAUAGGGUUCUGCUGAAACUCGUCCGCGGUUGGAACUCCAGAGCCAUUGCUAUUUGUAGGCAUGGGUGAUGAUCCAAAACCGGCGUACUUGCCGCCUUGAGAAGGCGCGAGACCUUCAGGUCGAUUAGCGUUCUCCUGUCCCAUCUUCGCGAAGUAAGCCUCGUUUCG